AGUUGCACAGUUUCAAUUUUAUCUUGAAGUGCUUCCAGAGUGAGCUCGGGAAACGCCACAAAUAAAAGAAAAUAAAACAAAUAACUGUCACUUUUAGUUUAGACUGAUGAAAAACGCACACCCUGUUAUCAUUGGUAUCAAUCGCUUCCCCUUCGUGUGUUUCGCUCAAUCGUACCGGAAUCAAGUCGGCGGCGCUCUUAACCGGAAUGUAUGUGCUCUUUAUAGAAUACAUACUCCUAUAAUCGCAUAUAGGCACCUGCCUCGUACCCACUAGAUCGAUUGGCAGUUGAUAUUAACGGUGACCGGCUGUAUUCGGGUAUUGGUUUCUAAAGGCACUACCGAUAAGCACUCGGACCAAUUCGAGGUAGACGCAGCUUUUUGGAGAUACUUAUAUACAAGCUGGUUCGGUAGUAUGCGAUUGUUGCGACUCCGAGCCACAUUGUACUUAAACAAUAAGAGCAAAUACCACCAAUUAUAUUAGACUUUGACUGGACUUGGAAAAUAUGGAUAAGAUGUUUUCCAAAAUUCUUGCCAAGCGGGGUUCCAGAGUUAGUACAAUAAAUGACUGGCUACAAAUACAAAUUGGCGGCUCUGAGGAUGUUAAAAAGAAAAAGCCAUCGAAUCAAAAUCGCAUUAAGUCCACGAAAUACACAUUGCUCACAUUUCUGCCGCAGAAUCUAUUGGAACAGUUUCGCCGCAUAGCUAAUUUUUAUUUCCUAGUUAUGACUAUAAUAUCGCUAUUAAUUGACAGUCCUGUUUCGCCGAUGACGUCACUGUUGCCUCUAGUAUUCGUAAUCGCUGUUACAGCCGCGAAACAAGGCUAUGAAGACAUCCUGCGCUUUAGAACUGAUAAUGUGGUUAACCGCUCACCGGUUACCAUCAUAAAGGAUGGCGCUGAGGCUAUAAUACAGUCACAGAAUGUGGCACCGGGUGAUCUGAUCGUUGUGGAGCGCGACUGCGAUGUGCCCUGCGAUUUGCUAUUGCUGCGCUCAACCGAUCCGCAUGGCAAAUGCUUUAUCACAACGGCCAAUUUGGAUGGCGAGUCGAAUCUGAAGACCUUGAUGGUGCCCAGAGAGCUGCCGACUGUGCCGAUCGAGGAGAUGCAUAAGCUGGGCGUUAUCGAGUGCGAAAGUGCCGGCACCGAUCUAUAUAGUUUUAAUGGCAAAAUCGAGCUGUCGGGCGGCGAGGGACGCGUCCUGCCCCUCUCUGCCGAGAAUGUGCUUCUUCGUGGAUCGCGUGUCAAGAACACGGAGUGUGUCAUCGGAUGUGCCAUCUACACCGGAAUGACCACUAAGCUGCAGCUGAACAGUCGACUGACCCGCAACAAGAGCGCCUCUAGUGAAACCUAUGUGAACAGAUUUUUAAUAUUUAUACUUAUAGCUUUAAUAGCCAUAGUUACCUUGCUCUAUUUCCUAAAACGUUACAAUGAGCUGUUUGUGAUACCAAAGCUGACCUAUCUGGGACCCGCAGCGGAUGGCUAUAGUGUGAAACAGUUUCUGCAGGACUAUCUGUCCUUUCUAAUACUGUUCAACUACUUGAUACCCAUCUCGCUGUAUGUGACCAUUGAGCUGCAGCGCGUCAUUGGCGGCUUCUUCAUGGAAUGGGAUACGGAGCUCUAUGAGAAGGAGACCGAUCAACAGUGCAUUGUGAACACAUCGAACUUGAACGAGGAGCUCGGACAGAUCAACAUACUCUUCUCAGACAAGACGGGCACACUCACCAAGAACGAAAUGAACUUCCAGCAGUGCUCGAUUGCUGGCCACAAGUAUACCUAUAAGAAGACUCGGCUGGAAGAUGAGGAGACCAAAGCACUGAUUGACAUCAACAAAUUCAGCAUUGACCAGAAGGUGUUCUUCCAAGCGCUGGCCAUUUGCCAUACGGUGCAGGUGGCAUCGAGCACGCCUGCAGAUGAGCAGGUGACCAAUAAGAAUGAAAGCAACAAGUCGGGACCACCUGAAAUGUACUCCAUUACGGACAUCACCGAGGAGAGUCACAAUUCUAGUCAGCACAGCGAGCUCAAUGUGAGCCACACGAUUGACACGUCCAUUUCGGUGCAUCCGAAUGGUGUUAACGCCCCGGUGAGCUCUUCUGAUGUGAAUCCCCUGCUGAUUGGCGAUGACAGCUACCAGGUGGAGCGACGCAAGCGGCCGCAGGUGGUCAAGCGUAGCCCCAACUUUGCCAGAUCCAAUAAGGUGCACAGUGCGGGCGUCGGUGAGGCGACGGCGGGCAACACGACUGAGCAGAAUGGCCACUCGAUGGUCGGCAGUCCGAUGCAAAGUCCACACAUGGUGCGGCCCAUAUCGCUGCAAUUCCAACGUUCUACCUCGGAGCGGGAUCUGCCCCAGUUUGGUGAGGCGAACAGUGCGGCCGCCUUGGGCCACAGACGUGCCCACUCAUAUGGCGCGCCCAAUGCGUAUCUGUCCAAUCCCGUUGGGAAUAUGACGCCACCAGUGGGUGGACUCUUUCGCACCGCCAGCACCACAUCGCGUGAGUCCUAUGCAGCGCCCACAUUCACACGCCAGCCAACGAUACUCAUACGUGCCGAAUCACAGCGUCGAAAGAAUGAAAUCCAGCAAACAUUGUGUUCACUGGACUACCAGGCCUCCAGCCCGGACGAGAAUGCGCUUGUGGAGGCGUGCGCCAAUUUGGGCUUUGUCUAUAUUGGCGAUGAUGGUGAAGUGCUGCGAGUGCGCAUUGUGCCGCCGCAUCUGGACUACAAACGACCCAUCAACAGCAACAAGCCCAAGGAGGAUUGCUUCUAUCGCCUGCACGUCCUGGAGUUUACCUCCGAUCGCAAGCGUAUGAGCGUGAUUGUUCGCGAUGAGGCUGGCAGGAAGUGGAUCUACACCAAAGGCGCCGAGAGUUAUGUAUUUCCACUAUGCGCAAACAGCUCGGCGAUGAUGGUCUCCAAAACGGAUAACCACAUCAGCGACUUUGCUCGCUUGGGUCUCCGCACCCUGGCCAUAGCCAGGCGGGAGAUCUCUGAAACGGAGUAUCAGGAAUUCAUCAGUUCCUUGGCCCAGGCGAACAGCUCACUGGAAAAUCGAAAGCAACUUUGCGAGGAAUGCUAUUCAAAGAUUGAAAGCGAUCUGGAUUUGCUGGGCGCCACAGCUGUGGAGGAUGCGCUACAGGAUGAUGUGGCCGACACACUCGUAUCCCUGCAAGCAGCUGGCAUCAAGAUUUGGGUGCUCACUGGUGACAAGGUGGAAACGGCACUGAACAUUGCUCUGUCCUGUGGCCACAUACCACCCGAUGCCAAGAAGUAUAUUAUACUCGAGUGCAAGAGCCGCGACGAUCUGCUCAUCCACUUGAAUGUGCUCGAGCGCGAAAUUGUGUUUGGGAUCGGUCAGGAAUGCGCGCUGCUCAUCGAUGGCAAGAGCCUGGCCGUCGCCCUCGCCGAAGCACCCAAGGAAUUUCGCGAUGUUGCCGUUAAGUGCACGGCCGUGCUCUGCUGUCGGCUCAGUCCGCUGCAGAAGAGCGAGGUGGUGGCGCUCAUCAAGUCGUCCAAUGAGAACUAUAACACAGCCUCCAUUGGUGAUGGUGCCAACGAUGUGUCCAUGAUCCAGGAGGCACAUGUCGGCAUCGGUAUUAUGGGACGCGAGGGCCGUCAGGCGGCGCGCUGUGCCGACUUUGCCUUUGCCAAAUUUUGCAUGCUGAAGCGUUUGCUCCUGGUCCAUGGCCAUUACCACAGCGUGCGUCUAUCGUUCCUGGUGCUCUACUUCUUCUACAAAAACAUCGUGUUCAUGGGCAUCAUGUUUCUAUUCCAAUUCCACACGCUCUUCUCCUCAUCCUCUGUCUACGAUUCUCUGUUCCUGACCCUCUACAAUGUGAUCUACACGUCGCUGCCCAUUCUCUUCAUAUCUCUAACCGAGAAACCCUACACCGAAGAGACCCUAAUGCAAACUCCGAAACUGUAUAGGAAAAACACGGAUAAUAAGCAACUCCACUGGCCCUACUUCCUAUUGUGGACACUAUUUGCGGUUUACCAUGCGUUGAUAAUCUUCUAUUUCGCGUACUGCGUCUUCUCCUUCAACAAUGUCAUACUGAAUGGGGGCCAGACGGCGGCCUUUUCCUGCUUUGGCACGCUGCUCAUCUGGGGCGUGGUGAUCAUAGUGAACCUUAAGCUCUGGCUGGAGUCCAUGUAUCUUUCCUAUUGGUAUAUUGCGACGAUAGUAAUAUCGAUACUUGCAUUUAUGGUUACGACCGUCAUCUACAACGUCAUCAAUUUGGACUACGAUACGGAUAUUUACUGGGCAUACAACAAUCUCUUGGCCUCCCUGCCAGUCUGGCUGUACAUCCUAUUGACGAUUGUGGCCUGUCUAUUGCCUGAUUUCACAUUGCGAAUGCUGAAGAGAGCUUUGAAAAUCAAGGGCUUCAGCAUUUUUCCCGGUAAACAGCGAAAACGUGAAAUGCGCAAGAAGUUCGAGUCGACCUAUUUAUAAUACUUAGUAUUAGACCAUAAUUUUUAUACGGUUUAUUUAUUUAUUUUGUCUUAUACCUAUGUACAUAUAUUUUUUU